CUAAAAGUGAGAGGGCUGGAUUUCAAGCAGUUGAUGUAUAUUCCUGCAGGAGAGGGAGAGACAGAGAGACCAGGACACGGGCAUAGGGAAUCCGCACCAUUUCCAGAGUGAUUAUAGAAAGUGCGUUUGUGCCCGUCUUCUCCGUUGUGCGCCUCCGCGGACUUGCGCGUAAAGACAAUCAAUGAAGGAGAGAAGAUCUAUACAGAAACUGUCCCUUCAGCCCGGUAUGGAUCCGAGUCAGAGCCUCAAAUGUAAGAUCGUGGUCGUGGGGGACAGUCAGUGUGGGAAAACCGCUCUGCUCCACGUUUUUGCCAAGGACUGUUUCCCAGAGAAUUAUGUACCCACUGUGUUUGAGAAUUACACAGCAAGUUUUGAGAUUGACAAGCAAAGAAUAGAGCUCAGCCUGUGGGACACCUCAGGCUCCCCGUAUUAUGACAAUGUCAGGCCGCUUUCAUAUCCAGACUCCGAUGCCGUCAUCAUAUGCUUUGACAUCAGCCGACCAGAGACCCUGGACAGCGUCCUAAAGAAGUGGAAAGGGGAGAUCCAGGAAUUCUGUCCCAACACAAAGAUGCUGCUCGUCGGAUGCAAGUCAGACCUUAGAACGGACCUAACGACUUUAGUGGAGCUGUCCAAUCACAGACAGACACCGGUGUCGUAUGAUCAGGGUUCAGCUAUGGCUAAGCAGAUAUCUGCACCUUACAUCGAAUGCUCUGCAGUGCAGUCAGAAAACAGCGUGCGGGACAUUUUCCAUGUGGCAACAUUGGCUUGCGUAAAUAAGAACAACAAAAACAUCAAGCGCAACAAAUCGUCACGCUCCACCAAACGCAUCUCGCAUAUGCCCAGUCGACCAGACCUAGCUGCCGUCGCAACAGACCUACGCAAAGACAAAGCAAAGAGUUGCACAGUAAUGUAAUGAAAGGCGUUCUGGGGGAAAGAUUCAUUCUGGGAAACGGUGAGGGUGGACUGUGGAAGCAAGAAAGCAAAAGUGGAGAGCGGGAGUGUUUGCACGAUGUCCCUAAAGGUCUCUCCAGUUUGAGGGUUCCAAUUCUUGUUGCCAGAACUUGGCUAGCUUGCGGACGUAAACCCAUAUAACGUCCCCAACCACCUCUCCUAAACUUAGCCACUCAGCAGGAGGAUGUCACCACCCUCUCAGCCAAUAAGAGGCCUUCCUUCCUGCUCCUGGACGUGAAGCUGCUUCCUCUCUAGAGGAUUCCUUCUGAAAGCUUCUCCUGCAGGAAAGGAAGGAGGAAGUAGAAUCACAUAACCAUUGAGUCCAGAGUUCCGCUGAGCUUUGGCUUGAUGUUAUUUUUAAAAGAUGCACGUUUCGGUUGGUAUUAACAGCAACACGGCGGAACAGCGAAGGGGAAGAUGACUUCCAAAAUGGCGAAAUUUCGAAUAAAGACAACUCUCGCUUCUUUCUUUUUGAGUCCGUACAGCUAAACGAGGAUAUGAAACGAGAGCGUAUCACUGUGGCUACGGAUCACUUCCUCCUUCAAUCCUCCUCUUGUCUGUUCUGUUCUUUCUGUAGACCAAGAGCACGAGUUUGUGUGUGUGCGUGGUUUUCGUCGUCUUAUGCUAAGCUCAGCUAAAACUGUCACCAUGGAUACGCCGCUGGUAUAUUUGAACUUGCACCGUUUUCUGUAGAACUCCUCAUAAUCACAUUACGGCUCAUUAGGAUUCAGAAAAAGAAAAACCAAAGAACUGGAAGGUUUUCAAGUCGGAUGACUCAAUGUUUGAAUUUCUGAAGUGCAUGAUGGAUGUGUAUUUGAGUGCUUUUGGUGGAUCAAUGACAAUUUCUUUCACGGUUCUGUAAGAACAUGGUUCCGCUUGUUUUUAUAGGCCAGGUAUAUGGAAGUGCAAAUACGACCUUUGAGAAGUGACCUAACCAUUUAGUAUUCAUCUGCAUUCGGUUUGUCCCUGAAGGGGCAUUCACACUGACAGCCAUUUGCAGUGACAAAGCAUCUGGAAGCCAAUAAUUUGCAAUGAGGGUGGGUAAUUUG